AAAAAUUUAUACGUCAUAUGCGCCAUUUUUUUCUUCUCGUUUGCCUCGUACAUGUCACUUAGAAACCUUCAGAGCAGUUUGAAUGAUGCGGGUGGCCUGGGCAUGCUGUCACUCAGUUGUAUAUACGCAUUCCUCUUCAUCGGCUCCAUCUUCACCACCACCAUCGUUCAGAGAUUGCGCCCCAAAUUCUCAAUGUUGGCCAGUCUUCUUGGGCUCCUUCUUUACAACAUCUCAAAUUUUUACCCCAGUUACGCCACCUUAAUCCCUGGGGCAUGUAUCGCGGGUUUCAGCCUGGCCACUAUCUGGACAGCCCAGGCAACCUACAUGGCCAACAACGCAUCUUCGUAUGCUCAGCUAACUAAUCAGAGGUUUCAAGAUGUUUUGAGUAAUUUUCACGGGAUAUUUUUCGGGUUUUUCCAAGUUUCUCAGAUGGUGGGAGGAGUUAUAUCAUCGAUAAUAUUCUCUCUAAAUAAACCCGAAUCUAAAUCGAACGCUGACGAUGAUGGUGGUCUUCUUAAUGGGAUGUACAACUGCCCUGGGAAAGGGGCUUCAAGUUUCCAGGUUCAGUUCGACCCUGCGAUGUACUACAUGAUGGUUGCUGUCUUUCUCUCUAGCAUGAUAUGCAGCAUUCUCAUUUUGCUAUUCUGUCUGGACCCACUGGAGGGUGCCCUAAGGAACCCGAGGGCCGGAAUAUCCAUCCAGUUGUUUUCCGUCUUCAAGAUGCUGACCAACCCGCACAUACUCUGCAUACUGCCUCUCAUGUCCUACACACUGCUGCAGACGACCUUCAUCUUUGGGGAAUUCAAUAAGGCUUUUGUGACAUGUGUACUAGGGAUACAUAUGAUAGGGUAUCUAACAGUCUGCCUAUCAUUGUUUUCCAGUAUCUUCGCGUUUGCCACUGGCCUACUGCAGAAGUAUGUCGGUCCUGAAGCCAUUAUAGUAACAGGCCUACUAAUGCAUCAAGUGAUAUUGGUGAUGAUGUGGGUAUGGGUGCCGAGCAAACAAAUGCCUGUCAUCUUUUUCAUCAUCGUCGCCGUCUGGGGAGCUGGGGAUGGAAUGGUCGUCACCCAGAUUAUAAGCCUACUAGGAACCUUGUUUAUGAAUAGAAAGGAGGCAGCAUUUUCUACGUACAAGAUGGCUCAGUCGGCCAGUGCAUUCCUCAUGUUCAUCACCGGGCCGUACAUAUGCACCAGGGUCAAGGUGAUCAUCACGCUGACGAUGAACAUCCUGGCGGUGCUGGGCUACACGACCCUGAGAAUCAGGCUGAGGUUGAAGCUGGAAAAAGAUAAGAAAAGUGAC